AUAUAAACUAUUUGACAGAUUAUCCGAACUUUCAAGCGCACGUGUUUACUUGGAGUAAUAUUUUUGAUUUUUUAGCAGUGAAUUUAUGGUAAAAAUGGUGAAAUUACAAAAAUCAUUAACCAAACCAGUGGAGAUAAUAGAGAAGAAGAAAAAGAAAUUGCUGGCACCGCCUCUUGCUGGUAUUUCCAAAACGAGUAAAAAAGAUAAGUCAAAAACUUUUGAGAAUGUUUCGAAGUCUAAAAAAGAAAUUCUCGGAAAGGCUAUCGCUAAAGAUGCUGAUAUUGUGGUGCCUCUAAAAAACGAAAAGAAAGAAAAGUUAAGAAAGGAGAGCAAAAAAGAGUCGAAUAAACAAUCUAAGGAAACACAGUCAAAAGACUUAAAAAAAGAGGCAGUAAAAGCUAAGAAAAUACCAUUAGUUCUAGCACCACCUGAGUCUCCUGCUGCUCCCAAGCCCAUAAAAUCUGUGCUUAAAAAAAAACCACGGCAUCACAAAAAGUCUAAGGCACAAAAAGACGAAGUAAUAAAUUCAGCAGAGCAAACAUCAAAUUUAACGAAGUUGGAAAAGAAAAAAGCCGCUAAGCGUGCAUUCAGAAAGCAACAAAUAAAAAAGAGGCGUGAGAAUAAAUUAAAUAAAAUCAAAAAGGCCCAUCCGAAACGCCUAUUUAAAGCGCCACCAUUUGAUGAAGAAAAAUUCAAUGCUAUUGUUAACGAAGAUAACAUAAAGAAUAUAGCGAGAGGUCUCAAAAAUCAGGCGGAGAAGGAAGUGUCUGGCAAGAAAACUGCUAUAUUUAGCGAUUUUCAAUACUUCUUAAAUGUAGCUUGUUUUAAGAUUCCCAAUGCUCCUAAACGCGUCGUAAAACUCAAUUUGAAGCAUUCUUUAGUCGAUAAGGAUGAUGAUGUAGCUAUUAUUGUGUCGGAUUUACAACGUGGCGCCAAAGUCGACUAUGAACCAACAAUUCAACAUUAUGAGGAUAUUUUUCGUGAGGCCGGAAUUGAAGGACUGACGAUUAUACCAUUUAAUAAACUUAGAAAUGAAUGUAAUACUUUUGAAACGGUACGGAAAUUUGGAAACUCCUAUGACUAUUUUCUAUGUGAUGGCCGAUUGGUAGGGCAUGCAUCUGGCUUUUGUGGCAAGGUGUUUCAGAAACCCCGUACUACUUUCCAUUCUGUGCGCAUGAGUAAUGAGAAAAAUUUAAAGCGUGAGAUUGAAAAAUCUCUACGUCGUACUGCUUAUAAACAAUUGCAAAAAGGUGAUCUCAUAUCCAUACCAGUCGGUAAUCACAAGUUUACAAAAGAUCAACUAGCUGAGAAUGUUAUGUACGUGAUGGAACAAUUAAAGAAUAUAUAUCCAGGUGGUUUUCCCAACAUACGAGGCUUAUAUCUAAAAAUUAGCAUUGCUGGGACAUCGUCAUUGCCAAUUUAUCUCAGCGCUGCCAAAGCCCCUGAGGAUACACCGUACGUUGUUGGUCCACGUGAGGAGCGUUUGAUAAAACUGAAACGUAAAGCUAACGAAGUUUUGACACAGUUUGAAAUGACAAAAGAGGGUAAAUUGUUGAAACUCUCGAAAACAGACGUGAAACGUAAACAAAAACUAAAAGAUAUGCGAGCUGCCAUGGAAACUGAGAAUACUGCAUCAGAACAGAAAGAUGCCGAUGAGUCCAACGGAAAACAAUGCGUUGUACCCACAAAAAAGGCUAAAACUGAGAAGGGUAUAAGCACUGGAAAUAAAACUGAUAAGGAGAAAUCAAAAGAUGAAAAAUCAACUGUAAAAGAGAGCGACGAGGAAGAAGACAGUGAAGAGGAACAAGAAGAUGCUGAUGAUCAUGAUAGUGAAGAUGAUGAUGUUGAAGGAGAUGAUAGUGGAGAAGGGGAUGAUGAUGAUGAUAAUGAUGACGAUGAUGAUGAUGAUGACGAUGAUGAUGAUGAUGAUGAUGAGGAUGAUGAUGAUGAUGAUGAGGAUGAGGAUGAUGAAGGGGAUGAUGAUGAUGAAGAAUAAAAAAGAGGAUAGUAAAAAUGGCGAUGCCUGGAAAUAGUUUUAAGGCUGUGUAUGUAAGUGUAGAAUUUAAAUUUAUAUAUUAUAUCAUAAACGAUAAUAAUGAAACAAAUAAAAUUCGAAAUGAAAAAAAUUACUACUAUUACAGCAGUGGUUUAUGAAAGUUAA